AACAAAAUAUCUGAAGAGAAAUGGGAAGCGAUAGGAAGGAAAAGAGAAGUAAGAAACGAUCAAAUUCUUUUUCUUCUGGGUCUGAAGAUGAAGGAAGGGAAAAAAGGCAAAGGGGAGGCGAGGACGAGGAGAGGAAAAGCAGGAAGAAGCAUGAUAAGAGAGAGAAAAGGAAAGACAAGAAAUCUCACAAGCACUCUUCCGACAAAGAGAAGAAGUCGAAGGAAAAACACAAAAGUAAACAUCACAAAGGUGACCGCCACUCAAAACAUGGGUUCCAAGAGAUCUCCAGUGAUGACUACUUUUCAAAGAACAAUGAGUUUGCCAUGUGGCUGAAAGAAGAGAAGCGUGUGUUUUUCUCUGAUCUUUCGUCGGAGUCUGCUCGGGAAUUUUUUACCUACUUUGUUAAAGAUUGGAAUAACCAGAAACUUGGAUCUGAAUACUAUGAAGGCAUUUCAAGUGGGCCACGGACUGCUCAUAACUGGAAAAUCAAACAGUAGGAAGGGAAGAGGGUACCUUGAGCAGUUUGAUCCCUACUUUUUGUUUAUUGUUCUCUCUCCUUUUAUAUGUACUGAUUUGCAGUGUAUUAUCGGAUAAAUGUUAUAGUUUGCAGACGAGCAGCAAAAGAAAUAUAUUUGAUGUUUUACUCA